AUGUUUGCUAGAAUCUCUGCUGCCAGAGCCGCCACCAGAUCCCUCAGAUCCUACGCCACCAACGUCGCCGAAUUUUCCGGUGUCAAGAACGCCCAGGGCCAGUACACUGUCACCUUGAUCGAGGGUGACGGUAUCGGUGUGGAGAUUUCCCAGGCCGUUAAGGAUAUUUACAGUGCUGCCAAGAUCCCAAUCACCUGGGAGCCAGUCGAUGUUACCCCAACGUUGAUCAACGGUAGAACCACCCUUCCACAGGAGGCCGUCGACUCCGUCAACAAGAACAAGGUUGCCCUCAAGGGUCCAUUGGCCACUCCUGUCGGGAAGGGUCACCAGUCCAUGAACUUGACCUUGAGAAGAACCUUCAACCUUUUCGCCAACGUCCGUCCAUGCAAGUCCAUCGUCGGCUACGCUACCCCAUACGAGGACGUGGACACUGUCUUGAUCCGUGAGAACACCGAAGGUGAAUACUCCGGGAUCGAGCACACCAUUGUCCCAGGCGUUGUUCAGUCUAUCAAGUUAAUUACCAGACCAGCUUCCGAAAGAGUCAUCAGAUACGCUUUUGAACACGCCAAGAACAUCAACCGUCCACAUGUCGUUGUUGUCCACAAGGCCUCCAUCCAGAAGUUGUCUGACGGUUUGUUCGUUGAAGUUGCCAACGAAGUGGCCAAGGAAUACCCGGGUAUCAAGGUUUCCUUCGAGUUGCUCGACAACACCUGCUUGAAGUUGACCGCCGACCCAGCCGACUACAAGGACGUUGUCAUGGUUAUGCCAAACUUGUACGGUGACAUUCUCUCCGAUUUGUCUUCUGGGUUGAUCGGUGGUUUGGGUUUGACCCCAUCCGGUAACAUGGGUGACACCGUCUCCAUCUUCGAAGCCGUCCACGGUUCUGCUCCAGACAUUGCCGGUAAGGGUCUUGCCAACCCAACCGCCUUGUUGUUGUCUUCUUGUAUGAUGUUGAGACACAUGCACUUGAACGCCGAUGCCGACAAGAUCGAGAAUGCCGUCUUGAAGACCAUUGCCUCCGGUGCCGAAAACAGAACCGGUGACUUGCACGGGUCCGCCUCCACCUCCCACUUCGCCUCUGAAGUCAUCAAGAACUUGUAA